ACAAAAGUUGACCCCACAAACACAGCAAUCGGUUUCAUAUAAAUAAGGAUUCCACCGAUUGUUUCACUGCAACUCGGCGAUUGCAUAUAAAGUUAAAUUAGAGUUCUGGUUCUCAUGAUCUCCUUCCCCUACAAAAACAGACAUUAAACAAAAAUGGAUCGGCGGAGCAUGGGGGAGACACAGAUCAGUACAUUAGUACCUGCAGAUGAGAAACAAACCGAUGAUUCUUACAUUACCGAGACGACGAAUUUCGACACCAAUAUGGUUAUCAUAUUAGCAGCACUUUUGUGCGCGGUGCUAUGCGCGUUGGUGUUCAACUCCAUCAAUCGUUGUCGCCGUAGGGAGAGUCCGGAACAAGCGGCUGCUCGGCUUGCGGCAACGGGGUUGAAGAAACGAGAUUUGAAACGGAUCCCGGUGGCCGUUUACGGGAUGGGCGCCACUAGCUUUACGGCUACCGAGUGUCCCAUUUGUCUUGGAGAGUUCUUGGAUGGUGAAAAGGUACGAGUGUUACCAAAAUGUAACCAUGGGUUCCAUGUGAAGUGCAUAGAUAAAUGGUUAAUGUCGCACUCAUCGUGCCCGAAUUGUCGGCAUUCCUUGCUCGAACAUAAGACGGAGAACAAGGAUGUGACCGCCGGUUCCGGUCGGCAACCGACGGACAAUGGCGAUCUUGUUAUAUUUGUUCAGUAGGGAAGCUAGUACAUUCGUUGCUUCAUCGUACUUGUUUGUUAUAGUUUGCAUAUCCUUAGGGACUAAAUUGCAAAUACUAGGAUUUCUUUUUUAUUGUUUCUUGCAAGUCUCGCAAGUUUGAAGUUUAUUACAUGAUAGUUUGCUUACAGAGUUACAUUGAAGAUAGAA